UUUUACCGCGCUCAAUGACUCCCUUCCUCGGAAGACUCUCAUAAGUCGACAAAGCCGGGAACGAAUAGCCAGCUAUACCACCUGCUUAAUCGGUCUGUUUGAAAUGCCACCCCUAUGGAACUGCUUACGCUGUUGAUCGCCGUGGCUAUCGUAGCUGGGUCUUGGGCAGUAUGGGCCCAUAGCCGCGGCGCCGCAGAUGCACGUCUGCAAGCACCAAACACCCCACUGAGCGCAGUCAGCGCUGCGUUGCUUGAGGACCUGCCUGAAAGCGUGUCCACAGAGGGCCAGUCCCAAUUCGCAGCCUCCGUGGACUCUUACUGGGCUGACCAGCAGCGUGAGAUCGUGCCCGAGUGCGUCGUCAAACCGCGAACCGAUGCCGAAGUCUCCAUCGCCGUAAAGAUUAUCAAUGAUCAUUUCACACAGGCUAUUUCUCAGGGCCGGGAACCGCUCAAGUUCGCCGUGCGCGGUGCGGGCCAUUCUGCUAUACCCGGCUUUUCCAACGCUGCAGGUGGCGUUGUCGUUGACUUGAGUCUUCUCAAUCAUGUUGAACUAUCUGCCGACCGAUCGACUGUAUCUGUUGGCGGCGGUGCGAAAUGGGUCGAUGUCUCGCGAAAGCUCGACCCUCUAAGCCUCGCUGUCGUCGGCGGAAGGAACGGCGAUGUUGGCGUCGGUGGACUGACAUUAGGAGGCGGCUACUCAUUCUACAGUCCACGCAAGGGCUUUGUUUGCGAUAACGUCGCCGAAUAUCGAAUCGUGCUGGCUUCUGGCGAGACCACCACAGCCUCUGAGCAACACAAUCACGACCUGUGGCGCGCUCUCAAAGGCGGUGGUAAUAACUUCGGUAUCGUCACGAACUUCACCUUGCGAGUAUUUCCAAAUGGCAAGCUCUGGGGCGGCUUUCUCUACAUGUCGUCUAGCAAGAUCGAUCAAACGCUUCACGCAUUCCACCGGUCGCUUGAGACCUUUGACGAGUAUGCAGCCGGUCCGCUCGUUUGUAUUACCUGGCUUCAGAAAGUCGGCUUUCGAAUCAUCUCCCUGCAUCUAAUGUACACCAAGCCCGAGGUAUGGCCCACAUUCUGGCAACCAUUCAAAUCGAUUGGCCGGCUGUGGAGCACGACCAAGAUUCGCUCUCUCACGAGCGCUACGGAGGAACUGGAUAGCGUUGCUCCUGCACGACCACGUAAGCUGCACAUGUCCACAGUCAUCAAGAACGAUCUCGCGACACUGCAAUUCGCCCACAAGGUCUUCGAGGAGAAGAUUGGACGUCUAAAGAAAGUCAAGGGGAUGACGUGGACUCUGGUCUUCCAACCAGUUCAUGCCUCGUCCAUGCAAAAAGGCCGGGACAAUGUCCUGGGUCUGCAAAAUCGCACCGAAAAUCUGGUUGUGGUACUGUUUGCCGGCGUCUGGGAGCAGGCGCUAGAUGAUAUGCAUGUCAAUGAGACGGCAAAGACGGCGCUGGACACGAUUCGGCGUUACGCAGCUGACCGGGGAAUGGCGGACGAUUUUUGCUACGUGAAUUGGUGUCCCAAUACCUCGACUAGUCCCUUUCUGUCUUACGGGGCGGAGAACGUGGCAUUGCUGAAGCGUGUGGGUAGGGCAGUCGAUCCCGAUGGAUUGUUCCAGCGCGGCUGUGUUGGCGGGUAUAAGCUAGUGGGUGUAGAGGCAUAGUAGCGGUGAUGACUACUCUCCUCUCCUGCAUCUCUGACUCUUUUCCUCAGGCGUUUGACAACCGUAGAGCGCCUUCGUUCCUUUGCGUGCGCAAGAGAUGAUCCCGACAGGCAGCGCAAGAAGCGGACAGGCAAGAAGUUACGAGAUCGCAGUGCUGCCGACCGGUGAUCUCUCUCAGAUUAAUGUAACUGCUUCGAGGC